UUCAAGAUCCACAUAUUGUGCAUAUAGAAGCGCUUCGGUAUAUGAUCGUGGUUGAAUCGCGUGUGUGACCGCUUUCAGAUUUCUUUUUGUCCCCUCUGAGUGAAUUGUGAGUUAAGGUGGGCGGCCCGGUUGCUUGGUCGCGUUUGUGGUUAUUAAGUUUGACAAUAAACACUGGAUCGCGUCGUAUGACACGAAGUUAACACUUCGCCAACAUGGGUGGGUUGCUUAGCUACUUCCGUAACCUACUUGGUAGCCGUGAAAUGCGCAUUCUCAUUCUGGGUCUAGAUGGGGCUGGCAAAACCACGAUUUUAUACAGGUUGCAGGUGGGGGAGGUAGUAACUACAAUACCAACCAUAGGCUUCAAUGUAGAGCAAGUUACUUACAAAAAUUUAAAAUUCCAAGUUUGGGAUCUCGGUGGUCAGACAAGUAUACGACCAUAUUGGAGGUGCUACUACUCGAACACAGAUGCAAUUAUUUAUGUAGUAGAUUCAGCAGACAGAGAUAGAAUAGGCAUAUCGAAGGAUGAAUUAAUUUACAUGUUACGAGAAGAAGAGCUACAAGGUGCCAUUUUGGUGGUACUGGCAAACAAACAGGAUAUGACAGGGUGUCUCAGUGUUGCUGAGGUCCACCAAGCACUUGGAUUGGAUGCUCUUAAAAAUAGAACCUUCCAAAUAUUCAAAACUUCUGCGACGAAAGGUGAAGGACUUGAUCAAGCGAUGGAUUGGUUAUCGAACGCACUGCAAAGUAGAAAAUGAUCGAUAUUAUGUGAGAAUUAUUUUUGUUUGAGCUUUACAAAGAGACUAGUUGUACGACUGUCACUUUGAAUUUGUCGCCAGCAGCAUUGUGUUGCCGAUAGUAGAUUUUUGUUUAUAUUUAUUAUAAUUAUUAUAUUAUAAAUAUUUCUUUUAUGCAGUCUACAGCCGAAGUAUAUAAGGAAUCGUCAUACUUUUUCAUACCACAAAACAUACAUGAUCAUACGAUGAUAAGAGAAUCAUAUAUGUUUAAUCGUUCUAUACGAUUUAAAAACGAAAAGUAUAAUAAACUUAGAGAAUUCUUUCAACUUAGAUUUUUUUCUUUAUUAACCCUUUGCGGACGUCUGGCGGGCGAACGUCGCUGUGGACGAGAAGUAUCGGGGCAUGGAGCCAAGAAAAUAUACUAAAGGAAGAUAAGCAAUACAUCGAGGUCUGAUGACUUUCUUCCGAAGAAAACGUCACAUGAGCACUACAUUGUGGCAUUAUGUGUUUAUUAUAUUAUGAUACUGUGUGCCUUGUCGCUCAGAACGAUAAAUACGCAUGGGCGGCUAUUUGGUGACACGCGUCCGCAAAGGGUUAAUAGAUAUCUUUUAUAUUAUUGAAUAUGUGCGCAAUAAUCUCCAUUAGUUUAUUGAAUUUUAUCACACAAUCUCAAUUAAACAAACCAUGUCGCUAUUUAAUUUUGAUGAUGAUUAAAUUUAAUAUAAAAUUAUGACAUAAAUUUAUAACAAGUACACACACGUACCUAUAAAAACGCGCAAUUACUAAAAACGAAUAAAAUUGAAGUGAAUAUUUUAAGAAAAUUCGUAUUUGUAAAGCGAAAAUGUUUUAGCGCUUAGAUUAUAUUUGUACAAAACAUACUAUUAUCUUAAGAGUGGUACAUACCAUCUCAAAUUUUCAAGUACUUUUUCCAAGCACUUAUAAUGUUAAUAAAGUGAACAUAAAUCAA